AUGGGAGCUUUUCUAGACGGUUAUGAGAUUAAGGGAUCUAGACUUAUGAGUCUAUGGAUAGCUCAUGGAUUUGUUAAAUCUAAUGGAGAUAAGAGUCUGGAGGAAGAGGCUGAGGACUACUUAAAAGCUCUUGUGGACAGGAAUCUACUUUCUUGGGAUGUAUGCAGAAGGAAAGCUGACGAGGAAAAGUUUCAUUGUGUAAGUUUUCAGCCAGGGUGUGAAGUUGAAGAUGAAUUAAGAUUGCUUAGGGUGCUAGAUGUAAUGAGAAUGGUAUUCAAGGAGUUCCCAAGAGAAAUAUUACAACUCGUCAACCUACGCUACUUAGCGUUCUCAUGCACUUCAAGGUUACCUAUUGGAAUAUCAAGAUUGUGGUAUCUGCAAACCUUGAUUUCUGCACAAUAUGUGCCUUCUGUGCCAUCUGAAUUAUGGGAAAUAUCUGAGUUAAGACAUCUCAAGUUGAUUACAAAACUCAAAAUCAAGGAGACAACAUUUGUUCAUAAGAAGCUGCAGACGCUUUCCUGUGUGUGGGUAAUUCCUUCACUAAUUAGGAGUGGUUUUUUCCAAACAAUUCCAAAUAUCAGAAAGUUGGGAAUCUAUUAUGAAGACUCACCAGAGAUUGAAAUUGAUCUUAGCCAUCUUCACAAACUCGAAAAAUUAAAGUGUCAGUCAGCAUUGGAUAAUGAUGGUAGCCGCGUUUUGCACAAACUCAGAUUUCCAUGCUAUAUUGGAAAAUUAACUCUAGUUGGCUGUGUAGUAUUUCGGACUUUGUUGACAACUCUAUGUGCUCUACCGAAUCUGGGAGUGCUCAAAAUAGAGGCUUGUGUCUUUGAAAGCGAGGUAGAGGAAGAGGAAGAGGAAGAGUGGGAGGCGACAGAAGGAGAUGAAUUCCGCUCACUGCAGUAUCUAUGUCUCAAAGACUUAAAUCUGGUGCGUUGGAAAGCCGUUGAGACCAACUUCCCUAGACUUCGGAAUCUGAUUGUGAAAGGAUGCUAUAAGCUAGAGUAUAUCCCAAGCAACAUUGGAGAUAUCCCAACUCUCCAAGAAAUUAGCAUAUAUCGAUGUGGCGCUUCUGUAGUAGCCUCAGCACAACAAAUUCAGAAGGUGCAGCAAGAGGAGUACGACAACUACGACCUCAGGGUGGUUAUAACAGAUUAG